GCAAUUUAGUCAAACUUUGUUGUCAAUCUGUGCCGACGAUGGGGCGAAGAAAAUCUAAAAGAAAGCCGCCACCGAAAAGGAAAAAUAUAGAACCACUGGACCAGCAAUUUAACUGUCCGUUCUGCAACCAUGAAAAAUCCUGUGAAGUGAAAAUGGAUAAAGGAAGAAACACAGCAAAAAUCACGUGUCGAGUGUGUUUGGAAGACUUUCAAACUGGAAUUAAUUUUUUAUCAGAGCCAAUUGACGUUUAUAAUGAUUGGGUAGAUGCAUGCGAAACGGCCAAUUAAUUAAAUUGGAUAAAAAUUAAAAUUAAAACAAAAAUUUAACUUAAUGACAUAUUAAAAUAAGUAGGUUUGUUCUAAGAGCUUAGGAUUAUAUAAACAGUUAAAUAUAAUAUUUGAUUGAGACUUAAA